CGGGUACCUGCACACAACACCUUUACAUACCUCUUGGUAUACGGAAUAUACCCGGUAUAUUUCCUCAGCCUCAACGUCGCUAGUGAGGCAUGGGGUUUGACACCUAAAAUUCUGGUUGACAAGUAAAGGUGCUAUGGACACCAUGGAUUCAAUAACGGAUAAAGCAAAGCAGCUCCGCUACAAAAUAUCUCAGACAGAGAAAGAGCUUCAAGACUUACGAAGACAACUAGAAGAACUCGAGCCAACCUCUCAGAGUCUAAAUACAAAUACGAACCCGCCAGAAUGGAAGUGGCCCUUGAGCGAAGAAGAAUAUUCUCGUUAUGGUCGUCAACUGAUACUGCCCACUGUCGGCAUCAAAGGCCAAAUACGCCUGAAGUCUGCUGCGGUCCUGAUAGUUGGUGCUGGAGGUUUAGGCUGUCCGGCCGCUGCAUAUUUAGCUGGUGCAGGAGUUGGUACCCUCGGAGUCGUUGACGGUGAUACCGUGGAAAUAUCAAACCUGCAUCGCCAGAUUGCACAUAGCACUUCAAGGGUUGGGAUGAUGAAAGUAGACAGCUUGAUCGAAUACUGUCGAGCACUUAAUCCGGUCGUGUCAUAUGUAGCCCAUAGAGAACAUCUCACACCUCAAAAUGCCGAGAGUAUCGUUUCUAAGUACGAUCUGGUUCUCGACUGUACAGAUCACCCGACGUCUCGGUACUUAAUUUCCGAUAUCUGCGUGUUGUUGCAGAAGCCACUCGUUUCCGCAUCUGCCUUACGGACAGAUGGACAGUUAAUUGUCUUGAAUAAUCCACCAGCAGCUCAAGGUGCUGUGGAAGGUGGUCCAUGCUACCGCUGCAUCUUCCCCAAGCCACCCCCCGCCGAUAGUGUAGUCAGUUGCGGCGAAGGAGGAAUCCUAGGGCCGGUUGUGGGCAUUAUGGGCGUACUACAAGCACUUGAGGCUAUCAAACUGGUCGUUGCUGGAGUCGGAAAAGAUUCAAGCUCAGCACUAAAAGACCCUAUCGCGCCGAGUUUACUUUUGUUUUCUGCUACUUCAACUACACCAUUCCGGUCAAUUAGGAUGAGGAGUCGAAGGCCUAACUGCUUUGCUUGCUCCUCCGCAUCAACAUUAACUCUGGGCGAACUAAGAGCUGGUUCAUUGGAUUACGUACAAUUCUGUGGGGUGACCACGCCAGUCACCGUGUUGAAGCCCGAGGAAAGAGUCUCCGCUACAGAGUACAAUGAUAUUCUGACGAAACAGUCCGACAAGAAUCACUUGUUACUAGAUGUCCGCGAGAAGGAGCAUUUUAACAUUGCCAGUAUACCAGGCGCGAUUAAUGUGCCCUUCUCAACCUUACAGAGUCGUAGUAAAAAGUCUACCAACGAGGAGAGUUCGGUGCCAGAGUAUAUCCCAGAAUCACUAUCGCCCAAUGCGCCGAUAUAUGUCAUCUGUCGAGUGGGUAACGAUUCCCAGUUAGUAACACGAAGGCUGAAAGAGAUGGGCUUAGAUGCGAAUGGAGAACGCUUUGUAGGUGAUAUCGAAGGAGGUAUGAGGGCCUGGAAACAUCACGUCGACCAAACAAUGCCUUUCACGUAACCGCUAAAUCUCGACGACACAUAUAGUUUAACGACGCCAAUAUAGGAAUGGGGGGUUCCAUUUCAAAAUCAUACCGAUUCCUUCUGUUGAUACAUUGGAGGGAGAGCCACCGAACGCCAAUCCGUUGAUUUUUGAAGCUUUUGCUUUUUACCUGAACUUUGAGAUACAUUCUCUCACUAAUAUGAUAAGAAACUCGUAAUC